CAGAAAGAGAUAAAUGUCUUUUGAAUUGCAUAGUUAAUCCUGUAGAAUUACUAUUGGUAAAACUUUCGACUUGGGCGUCAUCCUUCCUAGUGAUUUUUAAACAGCGUAAGAAAGAGUCUACUUUAUCAUAG